AUGAAGUUCGCUUUUGUUCUUUUCUUAGUUCUUCUAUCAGCGAUGACAAUGGCAACAACUAAAAAUGUACAAGCAAACCGUCAAUUACCUAAAGAAGCUCAUCAGUUUAUGUUGCAACAUGAAGUGUCGUUGCAUGCUCAACAACCACAAGGUCUUGAUAAUUGUAAGAAAGAGUGUACAAAGUGUAAC